GUUGCAAACCCUUUUAGAUUUCUUUUCAAUUCAAAUCACAACGGUCCUAUUUUGCUUUCCGCCUCUGAAUUCUGAAAGAUCCAAACUUUCUUCUUCUCCGAUUCACAAUGGUUACGAAAGAACUCUCUGAAAUCUCAUCCGAUAGGCAAAAAUGGGACAAGAUUUUCAACGGUCUGGUGCGAAUGUUGAAGACCCAACAAACACAGCUGGUGACCCUCGUCAACGAUCGGAAAUUCCUCGAAGAUCGUAUCAAAAUGCAACACGAACGAUGGGUCUCCGAUAUUAGCCUCUACGAAGAUCAUAUUUUUCAGUUGAAGGGGAAUUUGGUAAUGCAAGAGAAAACACACUCGCUCGAGAUUCUUAAAUCAAAUCUGGUUAUGAGUUUGAAGCACAGAGAGGCUUUUCUUGAGAAAUUGAUAUCAGAAGAUGCAGAUAGCGAGUUGGAAGAUUUCAAAGCGUUGCUUGACUAUGUUUCUCUUAAAUCCCCAAAGGAUCUUUCUCUGGGUAAAGGAAGUGAUAUGCCGGGAGGAGAGCGGCAUUCUAAGAAAUUGGAAGCUGAAGUAAGGAGGUUAAAGCAUGAAUAUGAGAAGCUUGCCUCAGAGAAGAGUUCUGAGAUAUCUGCACUGUUGGCGGAGAAAAAUUUUGUAUGGAAUCAGUAUAAAAUACUGGAAAAUGAUUACACCAGUAAAUUAAAGAGUGAGCAUUCUGAAGUUGAACAAGCAAAUGAGAAGGCAAAGAAGCUUCUUGCCAGCAUGGAGCAACUGCAGUCACUGAAUGAUGAAAAGGACGAAACAAUUGCAAGAUUAAAAGACAAAGUGAAGUUGAUGGAGGCUGACUCAAGUAAGUUGAAUGAAGAAAAUUCAAGACUCUCCAAGGAGUUGGAGUUGUUAAAAAAGUCAGGAACUGCUCCAGUCACACCUGUGUUAAAUCGUUGUCCGGCAGGAGCAAGACCUUCUUGUUUGAGAGACAAGAACAGCAGCAGGGAUAGAAGUAAUGUUAUUGUCAAAAAGGAAUCAUCCGCUGUACAAGCCCCUGGUUCUGCAAAGGACACUGAAAAGGGAAGCAGCAGAGGUUUAAAGAGGAAAGGUGUUUAUUCUGCUCCCAUUUCAGAGCUCCCAAAAUUGUUCUCAUCCAACUUCAAGGUUCCCAAGCUGAAGACAAGUGCAAAUGAAAAUAUACCACCAUUUCCCCAGCUUUAAACUGAAAAAGGUAGCUAGUCAUACUUGUAUGUGUUUGUUGAGGUUCACUAGUGGCUACUGUUGUAAUUCUUAUAUUCUUUUGCUUUCUAUGUAAUUUAGCUUUAGUCUAGGGAAAGUUUUUUGUUCAUAUCUUCUAAUGAACGUAUUGUAGAUUCAUCUGUUAA